AUGAGCGGUGGUCGUUUAGGCAGUAAUAAUUAUGACCAAAAUAAUAGUCCGUUUGGGCGACUAUCUUGUAUACCAUUUGGGCGAGUGAAAUUAUUUUUACCCGUACGAGGUAAAAACCUGGUGACAGAUACGGAUGAUAUUAUUGCUAACCAUCAAGGCUGCGAUAGCAAUAAUUCACAAAAAAAAGAAAAAUUGAAAACACUGUGUGAGACACGUUGGAUUGAGCGUCAUGACGCAUUGAUUACAUUUAAACAAUUGUAUGUUUAUGUAGUGCAUGCUCUUGAAGAUAUUUUACAUGAUCCUAAUCCUGAAAGCUCAUGCAAAGCUGCAUUAUAUUUAAAUUCAGUGACAAAAAUUGAUUUUAUCGUUGCACUUGAAGUUACAGUAACUUGUUUUACCUACACUUUGCAACUCAGUAUUUCUCUGCAGAGCAAACAACAAGAUAUUUCUAAGGCAUUAUCCGACGUCAUGGUUAUUCGCAGUGCACUAGAAGAGCUACGAGAAGGUGCAGAUGAACACUUUAAACAAAUUUUUAAGGAUGUUUCAGAUAUUGCAAAUUUAACAAAUGUAGAAAUAUGCAUGCCUCGAAUAUGUGGUAGGCAAACACAAAGAAUAAAUAUAAAUUCAAAAGAUCCAGAGACAUACUUCAAAGUAUCAGUAUUUCUUCCUUUUCUUGAUUUCAUCCUUCAAGAAUUGGAUACACGAUUUAAUCAACGGCUAAGUGAUAUAAUACCUUUGCAGGGACUUAUCCCGUCAAAUUUUAGUAUGUACGACGAUGCAACUAUUUUGAAGGCGGCUUCUGUCUAUGCUCAAGAUCUUUCAACUGAUGAUAAUUAUAUUCUUAAAGCAGAGUUGCGCGUUUGGAGGCAUCAAUGGAGAAAUAAGCAAAUUAAACCAGAUUCGGCUAUUGAUACGUUACCCCACUGCACAGCUGUCGUACCAAAUAUAAAAAUACUUUUACAAUUGUUUGCAACAUUGCCAGUUACCUCAGCCACACCUGAACAGUGA